AUGGCGACUAUACUUGAAACAGCUACAAAAUCCACGAUUUAUGCCAUUGAAAUAUGUGAAAAGGCAAAACUUAACCAAAAUAUUGCAUUUGAUAUCAAAAGAAGAAUCCAAUGCAUUUAUAGCCCACUCAUAGAUCUCCAGAUCAACCCUUUAUCUAGAAAGCAAUUAGAAGCUAUAUCAAGGCUCAAUACUACAAUUUUGCAUUUAGCUGAAUACCUUAGCGAAAUCACGACUAAAAAAAUAAUUUUUCGUCUAUAUAGUGCUUCUCGAGAGCCUAAUGAGCUUACACACAUUUUUCACUCGUUAACUGGAAUUCUCCAGGACUGCGAAAUUAGCCUAAGCUUCAAUAUAAGCCAAAACAUCAGACAGACAGAAAUCCUAAUUGAAAAUAUGCAAACAGAGCUUAUUUCAAUCCUCUCAAAAAUUCAGACAAUUGACGACUUUGAGAAAGAGGCAAUUAUCAGCGAAAUUUCGACAGCAAUUAAAUGCAAGCCUGAAGACCUUAAAGCAAUUGUCAGAGAAUAUAUGGCUUAUGUCGGGAUUAGCAAAAAAGUGAUUAAUGAGAGAAUUGAUAAAUUAAUUGGUGAAAAUCAUCAUAGGGAAUAUUUUUUAAGAAGCUCUGUAGCUCAUGAAUUUUGAAUGAGGGCAUUUGGGGACGCAGUUAAUGUCUCAUGGACUGAUUUUUAUAGUGCUUUUAUCAGUGUUUUUCUUAAUUCUCUAAAUUUAGCACAGACUUAUCAGAAUGCUUUACUUGAAUCUAUUAGAGCAUGGGUCGAUCCUGAUUUGUGUGGGAUUGUGAAUAAAAAAGCUUGCAAUAAUUUUUUUGAAAAUAUCUGAGAUAUUCCUAAUAAUCGUGCAAAUUUUAUAAGCUCAAACCAGACUGUUCAUAAUCCUGUGCAGUAUGCAAGCUAUUUGACGCUAAGAGUGUCUUCAUUGCACGAAGCAAACGAAAGAAUAAAAAAGGGUCAAACAUUCAAAAUUUCUCCUCAAGGCUACUUAUAUUCAAAAAACUUAAAAUAUGAUGGUAUCACCACAAUUGGCAGAAAAAUUACACAAAGCCCUGUAGAUUUAUGCUUCCCAGACUCUGCAAUCAGCGCUAGACAUGCUCAAAUCGCUUUUCACCCGAAAAAAGGGUAUAGUCUAGUUGACCUUGGCUCGACUGGUGGUACUUAUAUUGAAGUGUCAAAGCCAUUGCUAUUAAGUGUCGGAUUAAUGGUUCAAUUAGCCUCAAGUGAUAUUUUUGUAGUAAAAGAUCUGAGACUUGAUUUUAUUCCUUCAGCACUUAUCCCUGAAACUUUUUUUAAGCUGAGAUCGCAGCAUUCCAAUAUAAUUAUUGAAGAAUCUGAGCAGGAUAUUACAAAUCUCCAAUUAGAAGAGUCGAAAAAUAUUGAGGAAGUGAAAAACGAAGAAAUAAAAACAAUGUCGAUCAUUGAAAUAGAAUUUGUGCUGAAAGGGCAGCAUAAAGGCCAAGUUUUCAGGUUUACAAAAAAUCAAGAAAUUACAUUAGGACGAUUGCCGGAAAAUACUAUUCAGUUAAAUGACCCUUAUGUCAGCUCUAUUCACUGUCGGAUAAGAUUCGAAGAAAGAAUUGGAUGAGUUUUAGAAGAUAAUGGCUCAGCCAAUAAAACCUGACUCUCUUUGUCGAAUUAUUUUCCGUUUCAAAAUAAAGAGCCGAGUCCUCCUGUAUUAUUAGAAGACGGGAUGCAUAUAAAAAUAGGAAAUAUAGACUUUCAAGUUUCAUUGUCAGAAAAUUAA